GAAUUUUGAUGUCUCGCUUCCCCUUCGCCUUCUGACACAGCCUCAGUUGGGGCUCAGACGUCUUUUGGGCGACCACGUCAAUCUUCAUUUUAUUUUGCGUCUCAUAUCGUGCAAGCUCAAAAGGCAAGGCAGCAUGUGGCGCCAACUUUGCCUUUUGGCGCUGGUUAUAACCGUUCUGUGUGCUUCGGACCAUAAUCGAGAGGAUCGUCAGCCGCGUUCAGCCGACCCUUUCUGGAUCAGCGGUCGUUAUGGACGCUCCCUUCGUGGACCGGCUGAAGCUGUGACGAAUAACAGGGUGGUCCGUCACGCAGAGGAAGAUGAAGACCAACAGAAAAGUAAUAGGUUCUUCUUGACGAAUCGUUACGGGAAGAGAGCUGGGCCGUUGAGUGACAGAUUGGCCAACCGAAUGAACGAUCGCUUCGGGGACAGGUGGAAAAAACAAAUUGUAUGCGACUGCGUUCCCAGAGAGCAUUAUAAAAGGAGCGUGUUCAGAGUAUCAGCAUAGACCACAGGCUAAAAUUAUAUUAUCAAAUAAUUAAUAAUACUUAAACCUCCAAAUUUUACCUAUUUAACACAAAACAAAACUUUAUCUGUUUGUAUAAAAACUAGGCUGGAGUUUUCAUACAAGCCGAAAAAAAUUCAUGAAUUACUGACAUUAAAAAACUCAAGCAAAUUAAAAGUAAUGUUGAAGAUUCAAUAAAAUAAAACCAGACAUAAGUUUGUCCCACCCCACUAAGGGAUUAGAAAAUAUUUCAGUGGUUCCCCCUUUUUUAUUUGUAUACAAAGCACUUUUAGCAUUAAAUAUUUUAAUUUAUAUCUAAAACAUAGAUUAAUGAUUAAA